AUAAAAAGGCAGGAUUCGGGCGGGGCGCUACUAAUUUCAGACUUUGUUUUUUAAAAAGUGUUUUAGUUUUGUGAACUAGAGACUCAAUGUCGGGUCGAGGAAAGCAGGGAGGUAAAGUAAGGGCGAAGGCCAAGUCUCGUUCUUCACGAGCCGGCCUACAGUUCCCAGUUGGUCGCGUGCACCGUCUUCUCCGCAAAGGUAAUUAUGCGGAGCGGGUGGGGGCUGGCGCCCCGGUCUAUAUGGCCGCGGUGCUGGAGUAUCUGACCGCUGAAAUAUUGGAGUUGGCUGGCAACGCUGCGCGGGACAACAAGAAAACCAGAAUCAUUCCCCGUCACCUCCAGCUCGCCAUCCGUAACGACGAAGAGCUCAACAAGCUGUUAGGGAAAGUCACUAUCGCUCAAGGUGGUGUCUUGCCCAAUAUCCAGGCCGUUCUGCUGCCCAAGAAGACCGAGAGCCACAAGGCCAAGAGCAAGUGAAAGUGACCGUAUACUAAAUCAACCCAAAGGCUCUUUUCAGAGCCACCCACAGCAGCAGAAAAAGAGUUGAGUUCCUAAUACACUAACCCAUUAUAUACUUAAAACAGAAGUUCGGAGUAGUUUAAAAUGAAGGAAUAAAGGAAUGUGCCUUGAUUACUUUU